AUGACACACCUGGGCGUACGGUGCGUGGUGGCGUCGGUUGCGUCGAUCGUGCUGAUGCUGGUCGGUAGCGGAACCACCUUCAACCUCGAAACGCGCCAUUUGUUGGACAAACGGGGACUGCCGGGUUCGUACUUUGGUUACUCAGUCGCCGGUCACAGCCAGCGCGGUGGUAUAGCGGCCGGAAAUGUAACCAACUGGAUGCUGGUGGGCGCACCGCUCGGCCAGAAUCUGCAGCCCGGUACGAACCAAUCGGGUGCACUGUACCGGUGCCCGAUAACGCUUGCCUCGAACGACUGCACGCAGGUCAUCACCGAUGGUCACCGGACUCCCACCGGAAAGUACGUUCCCUUUCGCGAUGCGUACAGUAAGCCGGACGAUAUUGACGAUGAUGAUGGUGCGGGUGACUCAGAUAACCUUCACGAGCAGCGCCUAGAACCGCCCGGGAAAGACGAAAUCAAGAACAACCAGUGGUUGGGUGUGACGGUCGAAACGGGUGGUCAAGAGAACAAGAUCUUCGUCUGUGCGCAUCGGUACAUUAAGAUCAACAAUCCGCUCGCGUACGCAGCGUCCGGCCCGAACGCAACUGGCCUCUAUCUCGGCCAGGGCGUUUGCUACGUGCUGAAUGAGGACUUUUCGUUCGGGUUCGCGGUCGAGGUGUGCCGCGGUCGGUCGAUCGAGAGAGAGCAUAUACAGUAUGCAUUCUGCCAGUCCGGCACGUCCGGCGCGGUACUACCGGACGGUACCGCCCUGAUCGGGACCCCGGGAGCAAUGACGUGGAAGGGCACACUGUUUAACGUUGCGAUCGAGGGUGGGUUUUUGUCGCGUGACAAGUACCAAUACUUUGCACCGCACGACAAUUUGCAUUCGCCCGUACCUAACUACAGCUAUCUUGGCAUGUCCGUAACCGGGGGCCGAUUUUUCGGCGAGUAUAUGGCGUACGCGGGCGGUGCACCGCGUGCCGCCCAGGGCAACGGUGAGGUGGUCAUCUUUACGAACCGGAACAAGCCGAACCCAUUCGAACAUGUCGUGUCGUUGCGCGGCGAACAGUUUGGAUCCGGGUACGGCAGUACGCUCGCAUCGGCGGAUAUCAACGGCGAUGGACGGCUUGACCUACUGGUAGGAGCCCCUAACUAUUUCAACCGUACAGAUGGUGGCGCCGUAUACGUAUAUCUGAACCGUGGCAGUAGCUUUGUGCAGCAGUACGACCAACGGUUGACCGGCCGGCUCGAGUCACGUUUCGGUACGGCUAUCGCCAACUGUGGCGAUAUGAACCAUGACGGGUUGGACGAUGUGGCGAUCGGUGCACCGUACGAAUCAUCCGGCACUGGCCGGGUGUACAUACACUUUGGCACGAAGGAUGGCGCACUGUCGCCCGAACCGGUGCAAACGAUCGAUCCGGCCGAUCUGUUCACGGGCAGGUGGCAAACGUUUGGAAGCUCCCUUGCGGGUGGCCAUGAUCUGGACGGUAACUCAUACCCGGAUCUGAUCGUGGGUUCAUACGCUAGCGAUCGUGUCAUUGCACUGUUUGCGCGUCCGAUCAUUAACAUUCGCACGUACGAGGAGCAGCAAUCGACCGAACCGACCUCCAUAGAUCCUACGCGAACCGGUUGCACGAGCGAUCCGACUGCAAACGUUACAUGCUUCACGUUCCGUGCGUGCAGUGCCGUUGAUGAUGCGUCACUUAACGACGGUGACGUGAUGGCCGAUUCUACGCUUCAGCUGCGUUGCACCAUACAGGCAGAAACGUUCCAUAACGAGCGCAAAUUUUCGCGCGUAUACUUUGGCACGGAUGUGGUGCCGUUGGGCAGUAACGACACGGGAACCGGUGCAACCGUUCUGCGCACUAACGUACUUCGACGACGGUUCCGGCUGGCGGUGAACGGGAAACCAGUGUGUCACGAGGUGACCGCCUAUCUAAAGGAGGGUACGCGAGACAUCCAGAACCCGAUACAGUUCCGCAUCAGCUACACGCUGGACGAGGAGCGUGAGAAUGGUCGGGGUCGGGCCCGCAGUCGAAUGGAACGUGACCUGCCACGGUUGGAACCGAUACUGAACCAGACUGCCGCCGAACGGACGUACAUCAUGCCAUUCCAGAAGGAUUGCGGUGUGGAUGGUUACUGUCGAUCCGCUCUGGCCAUCCAAAGUGCGACACUGGUUGGUUUGGCCCGGGGUCACGGCCAUGAUGCCGGGGACGACUAUCAGCUCGUGGUUGGACUUGAUCGUACACUUACGGUUGCUCUCACCAUCCAGAACAAGGCCGAUUCGGCGUACGAAACACACCUUUAUUUGGUGCAUGACUCGUCGCUUACGUACGCCGGUUCCAAGGGUUCGUCGGUUUGCGGUGCACACAAUGCAACGGUGGUCGACUGCAGUAUCGGUAACCCGUUGAAGCGUGACAGUGAGGUGCAGCUGUCGCUUCGCUUCGAUGCCCGCUCGUUGGAGGAGUACGGUUACAGCAAUGGACCGAACGGUAUCUCGCAUACCGUCCGGAUGGCAGUUUUUGUCAACACAACUUCACGGGAUACGGGGUCGAAGACACGCACCGCCCUUAACCUACACAUCCAGCGUGUGGCCAAAGUUAGCAUCAGUGGCAAAGCGCUGCCGGAACAGGUUUUCUACGGUGGUGGCGAUGCGCAAGUGAUGGGUGAGAGUGCGAUCCAUUCGUUAGAUGAAAUUGGCAUGCCAGUGGAGCACAAAUAUCAGAUAUACAACGACGGUCCUUGGCGAGCACCAAACGUACGGUUGGAGAUUGAUUGGCCGCUGCAGGUAGCGAACAAUAAGCCACAGGGCAAAUGGUUGCUUUAUCUCGAUGCGCUACCAAUGUUGGAAAUGUCCGGCGUUAUGGGUGAAGGUGGUAGUCCGUGUGAGGUGCUGCCUAAAACUGAACCGGACGGUGCGGUGGUGCCGGGCAAUGCGGUCUCGCUGGUAAACCCACUCGGUCUCCCGGAUCGGUCCAGCCCCACUGCCAGGACGUCGAAGCGUGCCAACUACACGCAAAUGUCGCGAGCGCCCCGUAUGCGUCGUGAUCGAGCGAUGGUGUUGCGACCCCAGACGAGUGACGGUGCGGUUCAGAUGGACUGUGCCAGCCAGACGGCCAAAUGUGUACGCAUUGUGUGCAAAAUUCACGAUCUUGGCCCGAAAGCGCACGCACUCGUUACGAUCACGGCACGGUUGUGGAAUGCCACGCUGGUGGGUGACUAUGCGCGCGUCGACAUGGUGCGUAUCGGUUCGAGUGCUCGGUUUACGGUGGACGGUUUGGAUGAACUGAUGGAUCAAUCACUGCACCCGACAAGCCUUACGGUGCGCACCGAAGCCUUCCCCGAGAUGGGACCGCCGAUCGUGGCGAUGAAUGUGCCUUGGUGGAUCAUACUGCUAGCAGCGAUUGCCGGCGUGCUCGUACUCAUCGCUGUCACGUACAUACUGUACCGGUGCGGUUUCUUCCGCCGGAAUCGUCAUACCGGCGAGGAUCCGACGCUCAGUGGUAAUCUCGAGCGGCGUCGCGAUCCGUCCGGGGGCGGCGCAUACGACGAGUUGAACGACACGAACGGCAGCGGUGGUGGUACGGCUGAACGGAAACCGUUCCUCAGCCGUCGCUCUUGA